AUGAGCUCGGCCAAGCGCACGGUCACGACGGCCGACAAGACGCCGACGCCGCUGCAGGUGCUCACGGUGGCACAUCGCAGCGCGCAGUGUCCGGGCAGUUCAACGGCGUGCAUUGUGCAGUUAGAGGAUCUGUCGCUGCGGGCGAUCAACUUGGGCGACUCGGGCUUCUUGCUGUGUCGGUUGCAGCCGGAUGAGAAGCAGGGAGGCGAGGUGAGGUGGCAGGUCGUCCAUGAGACGCCCAACCAGUGCCACUACUUCAACUGCCCGUACCAACUGGGAUUUGGCGCCAAUGGAGACAAGAGGUGUACGAGCUCGAGACCCAGGAAGGCGACGUGA